GAACCGUGCUUACGGCGUUUCGGCGAAUAGCGACGGAACAUGUUGCAUCGGUUGUUUUUUCUGUAUAAAAACGACUGACGAACCAUCGUGAGAAUUAAUUGUUGUGGUGUUGUAAAAAAUGCGUUUGUUCAGCGGUAAAUGCACGUCCUCGGCCCGUUUGGAUGGCAAGACUGCCAUUGUAACGGGUUCAAAUACCGGCAUUGGAAAGGAAACCGUAAAAGACUUCUUUUUAAGAGGAGCCCGAGUUUUAAUGUUAUGUAGAAACACAGAAAAAGCACAAGAAGCUGCUGAAGAUAUAAAAAAGCAAUGUACUGGAAAAACAGGCCUGGGAGAGAUAGUUGUCGAAGAACUGGACCUAAGCAGUUUGAAAUCUAUUAAAACUUGUGCCGAAAAAGUUAAAAAUAAUGAAGAUCGCAUAAAUAUUUUAGUUAACAACGCCGGGGUCAUGAUGUGUCCCUUGACCCGCACCGAAGACGGUUUCGAAAUGCAAUUUGGUACCAAUCAUUUGGGUCACUUUUAUCUAACGCUACUUUUGUUGCCGAAAAUUAUCAAAAGUGCACCUGCCAGAAUUGUUAACGUCUCUUCUUUGGCUCAUAAUAGAGGUCAAAUGAAUUUCGACGAUUUGAAUUGGGAGAAGAGAAACUACAGCGCAGUUGGCGCGUACGGCCAAAGUAAAUUAGCAAAUAUUUUAUUUACGAAAGAAUUAGCCAGAAGGUUACAAGAAGCUGGUAUACAGGAUGUGACGGUGUACAGCCUUCAUCCAGGUGUUAUAGACACCGAAUUGGGACGACACUUGGAUUCCACCUACGUUAGAGGAAUAAACUUCGUGUGGAAGUACCUUUUGAGCUGGUUCAUGAAGACACCCUUGCAAGGUGCCCAAACGAGUAUCUAUUGCGCCGUGGAUGAGAAAGCCGAGAAACAGACAGGGUUGUAUUAUUCAGACUGUGAAGCAAUCGAACCCACAAAUGCCGCAAAGAAUAUGGAAGACGCGAAAAAAUUGUGGGAACAAAGUUGGAAACUUGUAAAUCUUCCCGAAGAUUACAAUCCAUUCAAGGCAAAUUAAUAUUAUCGCGUAUAACCUUUAAUAAAACGUAUUAAGAAAAAGAAGACAACUGUACCCUGAUUUUUAAAAUUUUCAUUUGAUAAUAAAUCAUACCCGAAUAUGUGUGCCUUGAUGUUUAGGUGAUACUCCGAAAAUGAUUUGGAGAAAAUAUGCCUCAUGCUCUUUUUUUACGGAAUUGUAAAAUAAAAUAUAUUUACCAUUUCUUUAUCUGUUGAAUAAUUACCGAAUCAUUAACAAUAAAAUGAUAAGUAUCUUGUCCGAAAACAUAUUCGUUAUUGAGAAGUAGGUCAAUUAUGCUAUAUGAGCUGCAAUCGCUGAAGUUCGAGCCGCAAAAUAAAGCAACUUCAAAAUUACGUCUGUUUAAGAUCCUGCUGAAAUCGCUAUGACUUAUACAUUCAAGCUACAAACCUAGAGGCUCGGGCUACAACCAUUGUAGCUAAAGCAAUCCGAGAUGCAAUCCUUGAAGCCCCUAGCUGAAACUGCUCAUGGUAAGCAACUUAAAUUGUGCCCUCUGAAGAAGCUUAAACCAAAACGGCUAUGACUUAACCAUCUCAAGCUGCUUAAGCAUCUUAAGUUGCAACUGCUAUACUUCUAGCAACCCGAGCUACAAUUCUUGAAGCGCGAGCUGAAACGACUCAUGUUAAGCAACAGAAAUUGCAUCUUUUGAAGAAGCUUAAGCCGAAACCACUGUGACUUCAGCAUCUCAAGCUGCAAUUGCAGAAGCUCUAACCACAACUGCUGUAGCUUAAUCAGCAAUCGCAGAAGCUCAAGCUGAAACUGUCGCAGAUUAAACUUGAAUUACGUCCUUAAGGUGCAACCGCUAUACUUCAAACAACCAGAGCUGCAAUCGUUGAAGCUGAAACGGCCGCUUCUCGCAAAAGCUCGUACUUAAAUAGCUACAGCCCAAGCUAACUGAGCCGGAACUACUGCAGCUUUGACCUCUUGAGGUGUAACCGUUGAAGAUCAAGCUGAAACUUGAGCUACAAUCGCUGAAACUCGAGCUGAAAUUGCUGCAGCUUUAACAUCUUGAGGUUCACCCGGUGAAGUUCAGACUGAAACUUGAGCUACAGUCGCUGAAACUCGAGUUGAAACUGCUGCAGCUUUGACAUCUUGAGGUCCAACCGUUGAAGUUCAAACCGAAAGUUGAGAUACAGUAGCUGAAACUCGAACUGAAACUACUGUAGCUUUAACAUGUUGAGGUGCAACCGUUCAAGUUUCAAGCCGAAACUUGAGCUACAGUCGCUGAAACUCGAGCUGAAACUGCUGCAGCCUUGACAUCUUGACGUGCAACUGUUGAAGUUCAAGUUGAAACUUGAGCUACAUUCGCUAAAACUCUAGUUGAAACUGCUGCAGCUUUGACAUUUUGAGGUGCAACUGUUGAAGUUUAAGCUGAAACUUCACUUUGAUUCUUAAAGAACUCUGAAUUAUUCUAAAAUAAAGCAUCCUAAUGAGAAGUAAAGUUGCUUCGCAAAAAAUAAUUUACCUACAACUUGUUUGAAUCAUUGUGCAUAUUUUGUAGUUGAAAAAUUCAAAAAUGGAACACUAAAAUAAUGAUAACGCUCUGCAAAAACCUAAUAUCUAAUAAACUAUAAUGUUGUAACCCACUAUUCUAGUUAUGAUAAGACCUUCUAUUGUAUACAAACAUGCACAAAUAUCCAUUAGUGAUAAUUAAUAUCGUGAACUAGAUUCUUUCCAUAUUUUUUAAUCCAUCUAAUUGUUAUAUAUUCAGUAUCUUAAAAAUAAGUUUGGCAUUUAUUUUAAAUUGAUAUAAAUUAUUACUCAUAUUAGUCAUGAGGUUACUUAUUUAUUUAUAAGUAUGAUAUAGUUUGUAGGAUAAUAACUAUAUUUUAAUGUUAAUACAUAUUUUUAUAUGUCUGUAGUAUAACCGUGUUGACAUAAUAAUUGUUUUUAAUAAAGUCUUUCGUCUAUUGUU